AUCUCAGCUCUGAGACAAAAUGGUCUCCUGCAGGCUCUCGUGCAGGGAGCGGAGCAGCCCAUGGGUACUGCAGAGAUCAGCGAGGACCUGCGGCGAGCCCAGGAGGAAUGGGAGGCUGUGGAAGAGAUCCAGUCAGGGCUGGGGGGGAUGUCAGCCAGUGCUGCACCCCUGAUCUCCUUCAACGAAGCGCUGCAAUACUUCCAGACAGCCGACCUCUCCGAUUGCAGGAAGAAGGUCCGGGUGACAGCACGCAGGCAAGGCCUGGCUGCUCUGGUUCGCUUCCUCUUCGGCCCUCCCCAGCUCCAGCCACAGCUGCAGGGAGAGCAGGAGCUGGCUCUGGCCAUGGCGCAGUGUGAGUGUCCCCUCGGCCCCGACGCGAGCCCCUCCUGCAGCUGGUGGGCUGGUGGUGGUUUCUUCCCCCACCACGUCUCUGUGCCGGCGCUCGAGGGCAGCGGGGCAGGGAUGCUGAGGGGUAUUUUUGAGAUGCUGAGGAGUGUUUUUUCUCCGCCAGGUCGUCUGGAUGAUAAUGAAAGAGUGCACAUGAGAAUCCUGCAGACCAUUUACAAGAAGCUAACCCACUCCAGGUUGGGCUGCCCGCGCUACGGGGCGCACUGGGAAGAGCUCGGCUUUCAAGGUGCGGAUCCCGGGACUGACCUGCGAGGGACGGGGAUGCUGGGCUUGAUGCAGAUGCUGUACUUCGUCAUGGACUCUCAGACGCUGCCUCUGGCUCAAGAGAUUUUCAGGCUAUCCCACCACGAAACCCAGAAUUUCCCCUUCUGCAUCAUGUCCGUAAACAUCACCCGCAUCGUCAUCCAGGCCCUGAGGGAGGAAUGUCUCUCCAGGGAGUGCAACCGCAGGCAGCAAGUCAUCGCCGUGCUGAAUGACCUGUACACCGCGGCCUUUCUGCAGCUCUACCGCAUCUGGAAAUGGCAGCACAAGACCAUCGCCGACUCCGGCUUCCUCCUAAAAGAGCUGGAGUCAUCCACCAAAAAGAAACCAAAGCAGCUCCUGAAAUCCCUGGAGGCCUACAUGAGCCAAAGCCCCGCGGCAGACGCCCUUCAGCAGCCAUCCCCUCCUUCCGCCUCUGUCGGCAGUAGCCAGGCCGGCGAGGAGAUCAACUUCACGGGCGUUUGCGACCUGCAGGUUGAGCUGGAAGGAGAAGCCCGACUGAUCUGA